AUGUCAAAACGUCAGGAAUUAAAUGCGGCACGCAUUCUGCUCCUGUUGGUGACGCCACAGGCAGAUAUGUUGCUCACUCGCGUAGCGCAACUUGUUCGGAUGCUAUGGAUUCCAUUGAAUCUACGUCAACAUUCAGACCGUCGUCUGUCACACCUUGGAUAUUAUCUCAUGGAUAUCGUCGACCGGAUUCACCAAUUUCUCGUCCGACGAAGAGACAGAGGAUCUCUUGCGAUCGGUCCUCAAGCAGCUUCUGUGAAUCUGACCGGAUGUCCUUAUUUUACCGCGCAAAAACUACCUACGGGGGCGCAGCCAGCUGUCGCAGUACCGCGCCUCGUAACGGACUUUUUGAACUUCGUCGUAGACGAAGUACUGGAGAAUGCACUUCGUGGGUUCCAGAAUGUUGUUAUUAAAUGGGCGGCUGGAGGAAAUUUGUGA